CUUAGGUAAACCAAUCCAAUGCUGGGUGCCUCAAGAAUUCAAGCACCCUUGGGAGGAGUACGCGGAGAAUUUAUGUUGGAUACAGAACACCUACUUCCUACUGCCAAACGAGGAUGUUCCAGAGGAUGACAUCGAGGAACAACAAGUGAAAUACGUAGGCUACUAUCAGUGGAUAGUAAUCGUGUUAGCUGGUCAAGCGAUGAUUUCCUGGGUACCCUAUCUAGUCUGGCGGGUAGGAUCUAAACGCCUCCCCAUACUCCUUAAAUCUGCGAGAGAAGCGGCCAUUCCAGACAGAGAACUUCGACAGAAAGCUGUUUCCUGUUUAGUCGCAACUCUUGAAGAAAUAUCGGAGUCUACAGCACGACAGAAGCGCGUGAAAUCCUCCCUAAAACGCAUUUUCUGUUCCAUACGACCCAAUGUGAAAAUUACCCUUCUCUUUUUCUUUGUCCGCAUCCUCUUUAUUGGCAACUCUGUGGGCCAAAUUUACCUGAUGAAACACUUCAUUGGAAGCAAUAGCUCCUACUUUGGCAUCGAUAUGCUCAAUAACCUAAUCGCUGGACGUGAUUGGGAGUCCACGGGCCAAUUUCCCCGAGUCACCUACUGUACAGUUAAUGUUAGAAAAAUGGGCCAAAUUAAACCCGCAAGGUAA